AUGGCCCCUUCUAUUUCCCUUGAUCACCCAGCACCAGUAGUUGUGCCAGAGUCAAAUGAGACCCCUGCUACCCUAGUGCCUACCAAUGCCCUCUUCUCUUUAGCCGGUCGCACAGUCAUGAUUACCGGAGGUGGUCGGGGCUUCGGUAUGUGCUUGGCUGCUGCUGUCCUCGAGGCUGGUGGUGACAUUGCCUGUCUCGAUUUACUCGCCGAGCCAAGCGAGGAGGAGUGGAGCGCCAUACAAAAGACUGCUAAGCAAUGCGGUCUUCAGGCAACCUACACCCAGUGCGACAUUACCAAUGAGGAGAGCACGAAGAAAGCACUAGAAUGUAUUGCGGCCGAGGGACUACGUCGGAAUAAGCCCCUUAGUGGUGCUAUUACUUGUGCUGGCAUCCAACAAAUGGUCCCUGCUCUUGAUUACCCUAUUGAUGGAUACCGGAAGAUGCUGGACGUCAACGUUCUUGGAACAUUUAUUCCAGCUAAACACUGUGCGCGCAUCUUCGUGGAGCAAAAGACCCCAGGGAGCAUUGUAAUGAUCGCGUCUAUGUCCGGUCAGAUCGCUAACCGAGGAUUGACCUGCACCGCAUACAACUCCUCUAAGGCUGCUGUGCACCAAAUGUGUCGAUCGGUUGCUCAAGAAUGGGGCCAGCACAACAUUCGCGUGAACACACUGUCCGCAGGAUAUAUUCGCACUGCUAUGACCGAUGCUUUGCUUCAGGAGAAGCCUGACUUGGAGGAAACCUGGAUGCGCGGUGCACUUCUCGGUCGUCUUGGCGCCCCAGAGGACUUCAAGGGCCCAAUUGUAUACAUGCUUACUGAUGCUAGUGCUUGGAUGACCGGUGCUGAUAUCCGAGUUGAUGGCGGUCACUGUGCGUCAGCAUAA